AUGACUUCCAGCCCGGGGAACGACGCCGGCAAUGACAAAAACACGCCACUGAUAAAAUCACUUCAAGACCUGACUAUAAUCGAGGCGAUGGACUCGGAAGGAAAGCUGAAAUCCACCACCUUCUACCACGUCACCGAAGAAGAGGAAGUUUACUACGGACAAACCCCGAAGAACAAGAACAAGCGGGAGACAACCAUCGCAGAGUACAACGCGGCCUUGCAGCGCGUCCCAGAUGAAGACAUCUACCCAAGGGUUCCGGAAGACAUACAAUUGACGAUUGCCCCGGAAACGCUGGAUGCUUCCACAGUCUACGUAAAACGACCGGGCCUGCAGUGGUACGACGAUAUGAUCGGCACCGACUUCCUCCCCAAGACGGUGCUCGAUGAGACGGUGGUCAUGGAAAAGAUCUCGCAAUCGCCCCACCCAAAUAUCAUCCAAUACUACGGCUGCCGCGUGAAACGCGGGUACAUCACCUCCAUUGUUCUCGAGAGGCUUGACCAGACUCUACACGACUAUGUCUCGACGCCUGAAUUCCAGGACCUUGACACAGACAAGUUCUGCAGGUCUAUGAGGUCGGCCGUGGAGUACCUGCAUUCAUUGGGAUUGGCGCAUAACGACAUCAACCCGUAUAAUAUCAUGUUGAAGAAAGAGAGUCGGGAGCCGGUGUUGAUAGACUUUGACUCGUGUCAGCCGGUUGGGGAGCGGUUGCAGUCAUUGGGCACGGAGGGGUGGUAUGAGAAGCAGUUCUUCACUUCGGAGAAGGAUCAUGAUGUAUAUGCUCUUAAGAAGCUUGGGGAGUGGCUCGGGGAACAGAAUACAGGUGCUAAGUAG